UGGUACUACUACAAGCUUUCGAAGCCGAAAGCUACCGAGCUGCUGAUGAAUGACGGAAGGGAUGGGUGCUUCUUAAUCAGAGAUUCGUCCAAGGGCACCAUUUUCUCGUUAGCCAUUCUUGCGUCCAACAGACUUGGUAAAGAUGUAAAACAUUAUCGCAUCAGAUUGGAUACCAACCGAGGAUACUUCUUGUCUCCGUCGCACGCUUUCCACGCAAUACCUACGCUGGUAGAAUAUCAUAUGAAAAACUCAGCAGUUCUACUAACACGUUUUAAAACUUUCUUUUUCAAGACAUCGUAUCUAAACACUGCCGAAUUUAGGCAUACUUCAAUCGAAAUAAACAAUAAAGAUUUGAUUAUGAAGGAACAGUUAGGAGCAGGCCAGUUUGGGAAGGUGCACAGGGCAAUCUACAAACACAGCUGUGAAGUUGCCGUAAAAUUUUUAAAAGAAAAAUUUGACGGUAAAUCGGGCGGACGAUCAUCAAUUGAAAUCAUCGAAGAAGCCAAGGCCCUAAUGCUUCUCGAUCACCCGAAUCUUGUAAAAAUUGUAGGAAUAUGUAGAUCCAAGCCUAUUAAAAUUGUCACAGAAUAUCUCAAAUAUGGUUCACUAGUGAUUUAUUUGAGAAAAAACAAGUGUGCUUUGCAAAACGAUUGCCCGUUCAUGCUAAGAACGUGCAGAGAGUUGUGCUCAGGCAUGAAGUACUUGGAGGAACAUCACAUCAUCCACAGAGACCUCGCUGCUCGUAACUGCUUAGUUGGCGAGAAAAAUGUGGUCAAAAUUUGCGACUUUGGUCUUGCUAGAGAAGUAGAUGACAAUAACACGUACCAAAGUAGUUCAGGUGCUUUGUUCGCAAUCAGGUGGACUGCACCUGAAGGAAUUAUUAGAAAAAUAUUCUCCACAAAAUCUGACGUGUGGUCCUUUGGUGUGUUGAUGUGGGAAAUAUUUACAUGCGGUGUGAUGCCGUAUGAACAAUACAAAUCAAACGGAGAAUGUGCACGGGCAGUUUGCUAUGAGGAUCUGAGGCUACAAAAACCUGACAAUUGCCCGCAUGAUGUCUAUGAAAUUUUCGAGCAAUGUUGGCAAAAGGUGUGUUCUUCAUAA